AUGAUGAGCGACGAAAUGUGGCCCGAGGAUGAAGAGGCAGACAUGAAGAGGCGCCAGGACGAGCAGCCCAUGAGCCCUUUCGUCGUCAUCCGUGAGCUCGCCGAAUAUCUGGAGCUGACAUCAGUUUAUGUCGUUUUCUUCUACCUUGUGUGGCAAAUCCUUACUCGUUCCGACGAAAACGAGAUCCUGUCCCAUCUACCCUCCACCUCGCCGCUGCGCGGCCAGCAGGGCCUUGCUGUGGAGCACUCUGCCUCACAGCAGCAGCCGUACCAAUUUCCGUACGCGCUGCCCCACAUUCCUUCCCCGAUCCGCGACAUGGAGGCGGCGGCGGCGUCGGCGUCGUCCUCGACAUGGCGCACCGUCCUCCAGUCGAUCCUGUAUCCCUUCUACUUCCUCCUGACGCUGGCCGUCAUCCCGCUUCCGUUCCUGAAUCAAGCGUUGACCUUGAUCAUGUCGGUCGUCGGCACAAUCAUCUACCCGCUAACAUCGACGACGCGCCUGCUUUCGCGCACCUUCAUCGUUGCCCCGCUGCAGGUGGUGCAAGGCCUCUUCCAGGCGCUGUACCCCGUCUACGUUUUCGUCGGCGGUGUCCUGGGUCUCGGCUGCUUCCUCGGCAUGUCCGCAGGCUGGAUCGGGCAGUACUCGCUCGACCUGCUUCUGACGCGCAAGAGCCCGAAACGCAAGACCCGCCGCCACAAGACGAAAAAACACCACUCGCACUCUCAUUCUUCGACGUCUUCACCAGAUUCGAUCGACGCCUCUGCCGCUGUCGAGCGCUCUGUCGCGGCAGCCGGCAGUCCGCGCCAACCCCGCUCUCCCGAGAUCCGCACGUUCCACGGACGCUACGUCCCCGUCGCCGACAUCUACGACGACCGAGACUUCGAGCUGGCCGGUAGUGCGGUCAAAGCCGGACGAAGCUCGGCGCGCGAGCCCGUCGUCGUCGGCAUCCGCCGCCGCGGCAUGCGCUCCGACGCCUGA